AGUCCCAGGGCGGCCCGCUGCCUGCCUCCAGCCAUGAGCUGAAAAUGAAGUCAGAAUGCGACCUGCAGCAGGCGGAGAGCGAGCUUCAGAGCGCGGUGGCGCGCCUGGCCGCCAUCCGCUCGGCCGUGCAAGGGCGCGACCUGCGCCACCUCAGGCUGCAGGACCUCCAGGAGAGCGACGAGUACCUGAAGGUGGCCCUCGACGAAGAGCGGGUCAUCCUCAGCAAGGCGGAGUAUGAUAGCUUCGUGGAGGGCGAGCGGCGUCUUCAGCACGAGCUUGAGCACCUCAAGUGCGAGAAGGAGCAUUUGAGCGUCGAGUGUGAGUCGCUCAAGAACCAGAUCAAGUCGCACAAGACCGGAACCCGCGGCAGCGAUGCGGAGGAGGCGAUGAAGGGCGAGAUCCGGGUGCUGAAGCAGCGCCUGGCGUCCUCGGAGAGAGCUCGCCUAGCGGUGUUCGAGGAGAAGUGCGAGCUGGAGGAGGAGGAGAACGACUCGAGGCUGAUGGUGCAAAGGCUGGAGUCCCAGAUGGAGGCCGCGAGAGAGAUGGAGAACCUGCUGAGCGCGUCGUUGGCCCAGGAACAAGAAAUCUCCCGGGAGCUUCACCGCCGUGUCAGGGACCUCCAGAUCCUGGAGAAGGAUUACCGCGGCCGCCUUGACAAGCUGGAAGCCGUGACCCGCAGGACAGAAGAGAAAGCAUCGGCCCUGGCUCAAGCCCGAGACGCCCUCUCGCAGCAGCUGUCCUUCGCGGCGUGGGGCCUCGUGGCUGCCGAGUACUGGCGCCAGCUGGCGCCGGAGCCGUCCGCUGCCCUCGUCCCGUACGGCGGCAACCCGCUGAAAGUGUCCCCCGCACCCUACCCCACGAAGCCCUUCCUGGAAGGGCGCAUAUUCAAGAGGGAACGCGACCCUCGAGAAGCCGAUAAUGAUGUGUAUGUGUGUCCCCCCGUUGUGUGUGAUGUCUGUGUUCAGACUUGUCCUAACGUAAUAGCCGAUGUCGGCGUCCAGACCCAAAUGGCGAAGCACUCUGCUGAGGUUCAGCACGGUGGCGAUCCAGCGCAGCCGGCAGGAGGGUCCGAGGAGGAGCUAUACGAGUCCGCCAGGAAAAGGGCGAGACACCUUGAGACCAGGACCCAAGCCACCAUGACAGUGGACAACACAGGACCCACAGACCGAGAACAGUUCUACCUGGAGCAGAUUGAGUGUCUGCAGAGGGAAAAGAUGAACCUCCGCAAGGGUCACGACAACGAAAGGCGCGACUCCUUGCAGCAGCACAGCGACCUGGAGGAUGAGAUGGAAGCAGUGAGACAGCAGCUGGAGGAGGCCGAGCGCGACAAGUGCCACCUCCUGUUCCGUCUUGAAGAGGCUCAGGAUGAUCGCGACGAAGUCAAGAAGAAUUUACUAGUCAGAAUAGAGGAGCUGAAGGGCGACAUGUCCCGCUACAACGAACUGUACGAGCUGGAGAAGAAGGCCCUUCGCCGGGAGUACGAGGCUCGCCUGGCGGAGCAGGAGAAGGAGCGCGGCCGCCAGGACGAGCGGAUGCGCCAGCUCGAGCACCAGCUGUCCACCUUCAGGCAGGAGCUGGAGAUCGUCGGAGUUUCCAUGGCGGGCGACCUCGUGGAGUACGACACUGGCUGCGGAAGCGUCCUCGGUUCGGGCCGGAGGUCGUCCGCCAGGGCUGGGGACAGCGACGGAGAACUUGUGGAGAAGAUCAGGGAACUCGUCAAGUCAGAGACUGCCCUUAGGCAGAAGAUUUGCGAUCUUGAGAAAAAGGAGUGUGCUUAUCGCGAGACCAUCCGUGAAGCAGACAAGAUCAUGUCCAGCCAUGUUACCUCGUACAAGCAGAGGAUAGAAGAGCUGGAAGCGUCGAUGGAACAGCAGUCCUCCAAGAUCCAUCAGCUGGAGGCCUCGGAGGAUCGCCUCAGAGCCAACCUGAGGAACAACUCCAGAUCCAGUGACGGCGCUCGAAUCUCCGACCUCCUGGACCGUCUGAUCGACACGGAGAACUCAGAGCUGAAGCUCAAGGAACGCGUCUGGGGCCUCGAGCGAAGUGAAAAGGAGCUGCAGAUCAAGCUGAUGGAGGGCGAGAAGGUGAACCAGUCUUUGAGAGCAGAACUGCGGGACCAAGAGGAGUUAGUUCAUCGUCUCAUGACGCUAGAAACAGAAAAUAACGCUCUUUCCGCAGAGAUCAACCAGGCCAAAGACUCCGCCCGCAAGAUGAGCGAGGUGCAGCAGAACGAGAGCUACCUUCGAGGUCGAGUCGAGGAGCUGGAGAUGACCGAGAACAUGCUUCGCGAGACCCUCCAGCAGGCCGACCUCAUACUAGCUCAGAGAGAGAAAAAGCUCAGAGAUCAGGUUUCAUCCCUUCAAGAGGAGGUACAGUCAUACAAGGCCCAGCUUGAGUCUGCGGCGUCUAAGGAACAUGGUGCUAGAGAAUGCGAGGUAUCUUACAAGAAGCAACUGGAGGAGUUGAAAGCCCGACUUGCUGAGACGGAACGACAGCUGAGAGAAUCAUCAUCCGAGACGAACAGUCAAGAGACUCAGCACCGUUCUGAGGUUACAAAACUUCGUAAUCAACUUAAAUUAGGGAACUCACAGCUUAAUGAGCUUGAGAGGCUUAACUGUGAGCUGCGUGACCGGGUGCUGGCAGCAGAGGCGCAGAGCGAGCAAUUAGCGAAAGAGCUGGAAGAACAGUGCCGUCGCCACGAGCAGGAUCUUCUUACUCUUAACCUCCAGGUAUCCGCUGGGGAAAGUCAUAUUAAGGAGCUGCAGAGCCAGCUCGAACAGCUGAGCCAUGAACAUGCCGCUAGUGAGCUGGACGUCCUGGCUGCCUCACCUAUAGCUCCGCUUUAUGCUACCAUUACUUCUCUAAUAACUGCCCUCAAGAGCUGUGAGUCCUGUAGUGAGACCCAGAAGAGCAUGUUGGCCGAGGUGACCGCCCAGCUCGGCACCCUGGCAGAGCUGCUCGAGGGCAGGGCCAGUAACUCCGACACGGACGUAACCUUGGAUAGUGAUGAGGGAGAAACAUUCAUCACAGACACAGCAGAAAACUUGGCCGGCGAAGCCACUACGACCCCCCCUCCUACCCCCGCCGGGGAGGGGCUUCGGGAACACUCGAGCGGGGACGCCACCAACUGCGACUUGGGCGCGAGCUUCCAAAGAACCAAGCGCCGGAGGAGCAGAAGGCGGUUAGAGGAGCGCAGCAGCAGAAGGCUCGUGCGCCCUCAAGGCUCUUCCACAAUUUUGGAGGAGUUAGAGGAGAAGGUUCGGGAACUGGAGGAGGCGAUAGGACGGAAGGAGGAGGAGCUCCGUCUGGCUGACAACGAAGCCAGCGAGCUCAACCAACAGCUGCAGUCGCGGGAUGCUGCCCUCACACUCAAGGGUGAAGAGGUGGAGCAUCUGAACGGGACACUGGCCAGUCUCCGUCAGCAGCUCAUGCAAACCGUGGAGGACUACGAGCGUGCGAGGAUGUCCUUAGAAGCGAAGCACAAGGUUGACCUAGGAGAGUUAACGCAGCGUAUGGAGCAGCUGACAAAGGAGGCCGAGAGCCUGGCUGCCAGAGGAACACUCAAGGACAGCAUAAUCUCCACCCUCGCUUCUCAGAUCCGAGCCAUCCUCAGAUCAGGCAAUAUGAGUGUAGUCAUCAACCAGCUGCGUCGCCUAGGAGAGGGUGACCCCUGUGGAGAGUCACCAGCCGAGGGCACCCAGGGUCACCCGCCCACCGCCAGCCCGAUGCCCACAGUGCCGGACUUCGAUGUUGACGCUGUCUGCUCAUUCCUCAGUCAACCCAGUGAGAUGGCUUAUUUGUCUCAGUCCGCCAUCUCGAACGGGACGGAGCCAUCUAGUCACGUGACCCUGCAGUCUGAUGUCUCUUUAGCUCUCUCUGCGACAGAGCUCAGUGGUCGCGUGACUUGCCACGGCUCUUCUUCAUUGGCUCAACGUAGAAAGUCUCGCAUACCACGAUACAUGCCCUCUUCUGUGCCCAGUGCAAAACCUGCAUCUAAGCCAAUGCGUAUGGUUAAGCCCGAUGUUGUGCCUGAACAGUCAGUUAAACCAGAGGCAGAGCCGGUGCAAUUUGUAAAGCCUGCACCGAGCCCUGCCCCUGUGAGCAGACCUGUGUCAGUUCACACGAGAAUUGCAGAACCUACGCCAGAACCUAGGCGGGAGUUCAAGCAAACUCCAGCAAAACCUACACCUAUGUUGAAGCCCUUGGCGACCUCUACUCCAGCAAAACCCACGGGCAGAAAGGAUUCGACCAGACGAGAACGGCCGGGAAGGUUUCUCUCCGACGCGCGGAAGGUCAAGCGGAUGGUGACUGGCGUGGCCCCGUUGGACGCAGCGGUAGAUUGCUCUUCGGCUCCGGAGUGGCGAGAGCGGUCCCCCAUCUCAACGCCGUCAGACGUGGAAGCCACGUGCGUCCCGCGCCCGCAGAACCUGCACAUCACGCGGCGAGUCGGCGUUGACGGUGUUGUCAUCGCCUGGGCGCCCUUGGACCAUGAUUGUGUCGCUGGGUUCCAGGUCCUUGUGGGAGGACGGGUUGUACAGCAUGUCAGGUCCCCUCACCGCACAAAAGCUCUGGUGACAGGGCUGCCCCUAGCCGGCGCCUUCACCAUAGGUUUAGUUACGGUUGCUCACGACGGGCGCUGUUCUACGCCCGUCAUCGUCACCCAGGACCGGUCGAGGGUCUACCCAGGAAGAAGCGCCCCCUCGCGCCAGACGCUACUGAGAUGUGUCCCGACUUGCCUCUGACCUGAGCAGUCUGGGGCCGACGUUCUGAGGGGACCGGCCCGGGACCCGCCUGGAGCCAUCCAGUGACCCAGUCACCCAGCCGUCCAUGACCUUUCUUUGCUGGAGAGAAAGUCUGCUUAGGAUCUUGUUAGAAGCAGCAUUGAUUGGUGAUAUUCUAAAUUUGUUAAUAUUUGCUCGAAUAUUUAUUAGUAGUAUUUUAAUACUACACAUCUUGUUAUGAAGUAUUCCAUGAUAAUCAGUGCCUUAAAUUUUAACAGAAAUGCUGUAUUGGAGUAAUGACUUGGUAAUUGAAUUGUAAUGCUUUAUUGGUGUAUAAGCAAUGUGUAAAUUACUUAAUGAAACAAUCAACCUAUUGAAACAUAACACGCAUAGUGGUACUAUGCAGGUUGCUCUGGCGGAAUUAUCACAUGACACAGAAACAUCCGCAGUUAUGUGUCCGUUCUCUCUGGUCGGCCCUCACCAACUUCAGUCUCUUGUCAUAUCUGUGCAUUUACCCAAAAAGAAUACCAUUUUUGUCUUUUGUUUUUUGUUAUUCUGUCUUCCCACAUUUAUAAGCCCUGUAUAUCAAAGAUGUAAAAGUACAGCGUCUACGGGAACUAACUAUGGCAUGUGACCUCUGUUUAUAUAAUGGUGAAUAUACACAAUACCAUAACAUCGACUAACAACACAACGAGUUCUUUGAAUACCAAAUUAAGUCUAGACCUGUAUUAUGAGAUCGUGGUUAAGAGUUCGUAUCGAUUGCAUGUACCAUCAUAAUUAGUUGACAUGUUCUUAAACUAUAUGUUUGAUCUAAUGUAACUUUAAGAUACAAACUAUUUUUAGCAGUCCUCCGUUAGAAUGCGUAUUCUGGCAGUGUUUUUAGGAAGCUUUUAAAUCUUAUUGCUGUGGUUAAUGUAACAGUAGAAAUUCCUUUUAUACUUUGCAGGUGAAUAAACGUUUCUUUUUAUAAGAUCAAUACAUAAGCAGAUUUAUAUUUCAGCAUUGCCAUAAUUAAAGCUAAAGUGAAGGGCUGAUAUUGACAGCAUUUUAUGAUUUGUGUUAUAUGAUUUGGGUAGUUUUUGGUCCGGAUAAAAGCUGCACAGCUGCCUCAUUGUGACAAGAAGUAGUCGAAUCACUUGCCUGUUGUAGUAAUAACUUUUGAAGAUGAAUAUUUUUCCAGAUUUUUUUGAAGUGAAUGCAAUCUUUACUACAUAUACGUUUUGUGGUGCUGUGUGUUUUACUCGAGGCCAAAUGAUGAGCAUGAUUGUUUGAGAUGUUUUGCAAGGUCAGUUUGGGCUUGUGGUUGUUAUUCUCUUCAUUUUCCCUUUACCAAGGUUUUGCUUCCAUUAUCAUUUUAUAUCUUUAUCAUGUAAUUUAUUUACUACAAAUGAUACUGUAGGAAAAAUUCUGAGCCGGAUGGCACCUCAUUAAUUUGAUUUCUUAUGUACACAGUCUGCUAAAUUCUGUUGCAGGUAAACAUAGGAAAAAGGUAUUGUAUAUAAUUUGUAUAGUGCCAAAUAAAACUAAAGAACCGUAUUUAAAUUGAAUUUGAAAAAGAAGAGUUCUGAAAACUUGUUUUUAUCCAUCACUUUGUACAUAGGAUUUGUAAUUGGCAUAUUGUUAUUCUAACCAAAUACAAAAUACGAAUGAU